GCCAGUCUGGGGACCCAGUCAGAGAGGUAAUCGAAAGAUCAUUCUAUGUCGAUAAUUGUCUACAUAGUCUUCACUCUCCCAGAGAGGCCAGAGACCUAGUUGACCAAUUAUGUUCUCUCUUAACCACCGGAGGGUUUGAGCUUCGACAAUGGGCCAGUAAUUGCCCGUCAGUGGUUACUCACCUCCCUUCUGAGUCAAGAUCAAAUACCUGUGACCUCUGGCUUAGUCAUGGCCAACAAGAUACCCAUGAGUCUACGCUCGGACUACACUGGCAUUGUCAGUCUGACACCCUACGUUACAAACACAGAGGUAGCCGCUGCUCUACUGUGACAAUGCGCAGUAUCUACCACGUGCUGGCCAGCCAAUAUGACCCUCUCGGUUAUAUGAUCCCUUACACCACCCGGGCGAAGGUAUUGGUCCAGCGAUUAUGGGAUAAGAAGCGCGAGUGGGAUGAUCCGCAGUUACCUGAAGAACUCAUUACUUCAUGGUUAGAGUGGGAGAAAGAGUUGAGUGGGAUAGAGAAGAUAUCCUUACCUCGGUGCUAUGUCAGCUCGCAGAUGGAUCACCAGUCCUGUAGAUACGACAUCCACGUUUUCUGUGAUGCAUCUGAGCAGGCGUAUGGUUCCGUGGCCUAUCUGCGGACAGAGGACAAAGAAGGUCAAGUGGAAGUCAUCUUUGUCGCCGCCAGAUCCCGCGUUGCGCCCCGGAAGCAGCAAUCUAUACCCCGCUUAGAGCUGUGUGCCGCUCUCACUGGAGCACAACUCUCCCAACUCCUGAAUACAGAGCUUACAAUUCCCAUUCACUCCACUACGCUCUGGUCAGACUCCACCACCGUGCUCACAUGGCUUACUUCCAGCUCAUGUCGCUACAAGGUGUUCGUAGGAACACGGGUGGCGGAGAUCCAAGAGAUAACAGCUUCAGCCAACUGGCGCUAUGUCAGAUCUGCAGACAAUCCAGCGGAUGACAUCACUCGAGGCAAGCCUCUACGUGACCUUGCUACAGGGAGCCGUUGGAGCCAGGGACCAGCCUUCCUCAAGCUGCCACCGGCUAGUUGGCCCGGGCAGCCCCCUCUGUCGUUCGAAGAGUCAAGCAGUGAGUUGAGACAGUCAGCUUUCUCUGGGUUAGUGACCACAACUGCACACUCACUUCAGUCACCUCACUAUAACACACUGUCAGAGUGUCUGAAUGCCUAUGGACAGAAGCUUCACGGGGCGGCCUACUCUUCCAGUGCUGAUCUCCAAAGAGACGUUCAACAUGCAGUCCUUCGCCAAGCUCAGUCAGAGUCCUUUCCUGAUGAGUUGAAACUUCUGAAGUCCGAUAAACCAGUGUCAGCCUCUAGCAGAUUGGUUUCACUCUCCCCUGAGCUUGACGUUGCUACUGGAUUGAUUCGUGUAGGAGGCCGUCUCCGACAUUGUGAGGUACUAGAAGCAGAUGUUGCUCAUCCAGUGGUCCUUGACCCUCGACAUCCUACUACAGAGUUGAUUAUCAAGGAUUAUGAUGAGAGAUUGUGUCACCCCGGAACAGAGAGACUGUUCACAGAGAUCCGAAGGUCAUACUGGAUUCUGAGAGGUCGAGAAGCUGUCCGCCGAUACCAGCGUCAGUGUACGCAGUGUAGGAAAUGGAAAGGUCGUCCAGAAAUUCCCCUCAUGGCCGACCUACCCCUGACCAGACAGAGAUAUUUUCGUCCAGCUUUCUACUCGACUGGCAUGGACUGUUUCGGCCCUUUCAUUAUUAAGAUCGGUCGUCGGAACGAGAAGAGGUGGGGCAUAAUCUUCAAGUGUAUGACCACCAGGGCCGUCUAUCUUGAUCUUCUCACCAGUAUCGACUCUGACUCGUUCUUGAUGUCCCUACGACGGUUCAUCGCACGGCGAGGGAAACCGUACGAGUUAUUGAGCGACCAAGGCACCAACUUUAAGGGAGGUGAACGGGAAUUAGAUGACUCUUUCGCCACCCUCCAAGAGGCACUACAGAGUCACCUCGCCAGCCAGCAGAUAAAGUUUGUUUACAACCCGCCAGGUGCCCCACACUUUGGCGGUUGCUGGGAGAGAGAGAUCCGCUCGAUCAAAACAGCCCUCAGAGUGACCAUCGGGACUCAGACUGUCACUGAGGAAGUCUUGAGAACAGUUCUGAUCGAGGUUGAAGGUAUUCUCAACUCAAAGCCUCUUGGGUACACCUCCUCGGAUGUGGCCGACCCCGAUCCAAUAACCCCAUACUGCUUCAUAAUCGGCCGUCGAGACGCAUCCUUACCUCAGGUAGUCUACCAAGAGUCCGAGAUCCUGAGUCGCAGGCGCUGGCGCCACAGCCAACUGCUGGCUGACCAUUUUUGGAGACAUUUUCUCAAGUACUACUUACCUAGUCUCCAAGCUCGCCAGAAGUGGCAGACUGAGAGGAAGUCGUUGCAGAGUGGAGAUGUGGUCAUGAUCGUCGACCCCCAACUUCCUCGUGCUCUCUGGCCAGUAGGCAAGAUCACUCAGGUGUUUCCAGGCACCGAUGGGCGGGUCCGGACAGCCAGCGUAGAUGUUAAGGGUAGGACUUACACGCGGAUUGCGGCUCGCCUCAUCCAGCUUCCAGCUCUACCUGAGGAUGACCAGGACAAAAUGUAGGCCUUUUCAAGAUGAUCGAAUUCAAUUCUUGAAUUCGGGGGCGGCUGUACAAAAGGCCCGGAUACCUUUAAAUGUCCUGGACGAUUUCAACCAAUCAUAGAGUACAAGGUUGCCAUAGUGACAUUCGUGCUGAGGUGAAUUGGUGCUGAGGUGGAUUCAGUCGGAGAGAGAAGACGCAUCAUAAUUAUUAGUUAAGAUACUUGACAGUUUCAGUUUAGUUAAUCUGUAGUGUUCGACGAUUAUUCAGCUGGUUUACAUAUACAUUGAGUCGCUGUGUGCGUACAUACCAAAACCACACCUACAUACCCCAUAUGUAAAUCAACCAGCUCUUCAGUAAAUAAGUGAAGUUUGAACCCUGCCUGGUGUGUCUGUUCAACUAAGCCUCAUCUUAUACAGUUCUGACCGACUGCCUGCUGCGUUUCACAUCCUUUAAAAUUAGUCUACUAUCGAACC